UGUGUUUUUUUUAAAAGCAAAAGUUCUGAGUGUGAAAUCCACAGCUCAGCUGAGCCCAGAGCAAGAGGUAGGGAGAGGAGAGGAAGAGAGGAUGUGGGCUUUAAACGGGACAGAUGCUCAGUCACUGUGUGUGUGAGUGUGGCAGUGAGUGUGGCAGUGAGUGUGUGUGUGUGGGUGUGUGAUGCUGGUGUGUUCUCUGUCUCUGGGACCUCUUGCCAUGCUGCAGGUGCUGUGCAAUUGCACCCAUUGCCUGCAAACAUGAAGGACGGAGGGGAAUCCAAAGACCAACAGCUCACAGUGGCCCUUCGUAUCCGGCCCCUCAAUGAGGCCGAAGUGGAGGAAGGAGCCACAAUCAUCGCUCACAAAGUAGACGAGCAGAUGGUGGUCCUGAUGGAUCCAAUGGAGGACCCUGAUGACAUUCUGCGAGCCAACCGCUCCCGAGAGAAAUCGUACAUGUUCGAUGUGGCUUUGGAUUAUGAAGCAACACAGGAGGACGUAUACCGUGCUACAACCAAGGGUCUAAUUGAGGGAAUUAUAUCAGGCUACAAUGCUACAGUGUUUGCCUACGGACCAACAGGUGCUGGGAAGACGUACACAAUGCUGGGAACGGAUUAUGAACCCGGUAUAUAUGUGCGAACGCUGAACGAUUUGUUCAAGUCCAUUGAGGAAACGAGUGAUGACAUGGAGUAUACCGUUUCCAUGUCAUACCUAGAGAUUUAUAACGAGAUGAUCCGGGAUUUAUUGAAUCCGGUGUCUGGAUUCCUUGAUCUGCGGGAAGAUUCCAAGGGCAGCAUCCAGGUAGCGGGAAUCACUGAAGUGUCAACGAUUAAUGCCAAAGAGAUAAUGCAGCUACUGGUGAAGGGCAACAAGCAGAGGACACAGGAACCCACGGCGGCCAACAAAACCUCCUCUCGCUCCCACGCUGUCCUAGAGGUCACUGUCAGGCAGAAGAACCGAGUCAGGAACAUCUUACAGGAGGUGCGAAUCGGUCGCCUCUUCAUGAUUGACUUGGCGGGAUCCGAGAGAGCGUCACAGACACAAAACCGUGGGAAACGGAUGAAGGAAGGAGCGCAUAUCAACCGUUCGCUGCUGGCACUAGGAAACUGCAUCAACGCCCUGAGUGAGAAGGGAGGGAAUAAGUACGUCAAUUACCGAGACAGCAAGCUGACCAGACUGCUGAAGGAUUCCCUGGGUGGAAAUAGCAGGACAGUAAUGAUUGCUCACAUCAGCCCAGCAAGCCUAUCUUUUGAAGAAUCUCGGAAUACACUUACGUAUGCAGAUCGUGCCAAAAAUAUCAAAACCAGGGUGAAACGCAAUUUGAUGAACGUGUCCUAUCACAUUGCUCAGUACACCAACAUCAUCUCCGACCUGCGGAGCGAAAUCCACCGUCUAAAAAAGAAGAUCGACGCCCAGCGAAUACAACAAACAAAAAACGAUAAAGCUGACAUUCGUAACGUGCAAGCGGAGGUUCAGUUACACUCCUCUCAGUACGACAGGCAAGAGAUGGACCGGCUUCGAGAACAGCUGGUCACCACUUUCCGAGAGCAGAUGGACAUCCGACGCAAUUUAAUGGAGCUGGACAACAGCAACAUGCAGAUUCAGAUUGACACAUCCAGGCAUUUGCUGGCUAUUGCAGACUGGGUGCAGGAGAAAGCUCGCCGAGCCAGGAAGUGGCGGGAAGAAUACAGGAAGGAGAUCGACAACAAAGAUGAGAGCGAGAAGGAUUCGGACACUGGAGAUGACCAGUCAGAUGUCAUGGAACCUCCCGAAGUGGCUGUGGCUCGGGAGCAUAUUGCUGUCCUUGUAGCCGAGCAGAGGAAACUGAAGAGACAAAAGGUUGAGCUGGAGAAGAGAUUCAGUGACAUUCGUGGCCGAGCUCAGAAACUGGAGGAGCUCCUUCCCAAAUGGAUCAGCAGCGAGCAGCAACGAGAGGUUCUGAGCCUUCUCUGUAAAGUGCACGAGCUGGAGAUCGAGAACACCGAAAUGCAGUCCAGCGCGUUACUCAAGGAAAACGUCAUCCGACAGACAGACUAUGUGGUUCAGCGCUUUGAGCAGCACAGGCACCUGUGCGCUGAAAUUAUACAACAGCAACGGCAGAUUAUAGAUGAUCACAAUCUGCUAGUCCCUCCACACUUGAAUGAGCUGUAUGAGAUUUACAUGAGAGAACUGGAGGAGGGCAACUUUGACCGGAUCAUGGCCAUACACACCGUCACAACAGAAAUCCUGAAGGAUGGUUCACUUAGUAAUGUGGUCAUGAAGCUGAAGGUGGGAGAACUUGUCCAGGAUGUAGACUCUGAUCAGGAGAGCGUGAGAACGUUUGGAUCUGAAAAGCUUCAUCGCAGUCGAAUAAAUUACAGAGACACACUACCACCCCUGGUACCAGAGUCCGAGAGGUAUAUAACUGGUUUCUUUAAAACCAGCUCCUGUGCCCAGCGGAGAAAGAGUUCAACUGUGCUGACCCCUCCUCCAAUCCAUGUGAAUGGAAUGGUGAACCAAGAGGCACGUCAGCAGGACAGUCUGGUGAGCUUCAGCGGGAUGAGCAGUACCAGCAGCCAUUUAAACUCUACCCCCGACAGCAGCGAGAACAUUGCAGACAGUCAGCUCACGCAAACCGAGUUCCUCAAAGAACGCAAGCAGAUGCUAACCGGUACCAAGAAUAUUGCAGUCAAGGCGGCGAGGAGGCGGUCCAAGGUUCUGGAGAGCGAUAACAGACUUCGCAUAUUGGAGCCCAUGAAAGAGAAAACAAGCAUUUCCCUUCACUCAAUGAGCGAGAAUGAGGAGUCCUUUUACCGGGGCAUCACCGGGCCAUCAUUGACACUGUACAAGCAGCAGCAAGCGCAGAUCAUAAAGCACGCAGUGAGUGAAGACAACAUUUCCUCCAGUACCUGCGAGAUGGGCAGCCAUGGGGAGAGCAGUCAGACAGACUCCCCCCACGGCUGGUCUCAAGCCCAGAAAAAGGAAGACAAAGCCACAAACCGGAGGGAGGAACUGUUGGAGGCCAAGCGGAAGAAGAGACGGUCAAGGUCAUUUGAGGUCAACGGCCAAGCGGUUAGUAUUCUAUAA